AACUAAAACUGAGGGCAAACCCCAAUCCUACAGUAUUUAAACAAACUCCUGCAGUCCUUCAGUCAUAAUCUCACUGACCCAGACAUAACACAAGCACAGUUCAACGACAACAAGAAGACAAUGAAGACCACUGCAGCUUUUGUUCUUCUUGCCUGCCUGAUGGCUGUAGGGGUGAAAGGACAGAACAGGUCUUCAAAGGGCAGGUGCUUCUGUGCAGACAAAGGUGCAAACAUGGUUUUAGUGAAGAACAUUGAGAAGGUUGAAAUCAUCCCUCCAAGUCCAUCUUGUCGCAAACAUGAGAUUAUUGUCACUCUGAAGAACGGAGCAGGACGGAAAUGCAUGAAUCCAGAGUCAAAAUUCACUCAAAAUGUCAUCAUAAAGGCUCUUGAAAAGAGGAGCCAGAAGACACACAGUACAACUGCUUCUGUGCCACUGAAGAGCACCAUGACGUCAUCAUCAGCGCCAACAUCCUUCAAAUGACUUCAUAGACUUCAGAUGAAUUAAUAUUCUGCCUCAUAAGUUGGAGUUCAAUUUAGAAAAAAAAUUAAAGCUAAAAAUAUUUCCUAUGUCUAAGCUGAUUAAAUUAUUUUUUUAUCUGACCACUGGGUUGUUUUCACAAAUGUGUCAUAU